CCAGUGUUGGAAGACAGGACACUGGCCUAGAUGGACCAUUGAUAUGACCCAGUCUGGCUGUUCAUAUGUUACCCACAAGGCUGUGCCUGGCUUUAAUAGCCCACUCUUCAGUCUAAGGACUUGGCUGCAUGAGAGAGUUAUAGCAGUAUAAGAUAAAGUAUGAAUUUAGAUUGUAGCUGUACUGGUAUAACCCCGAUGUGGACACUCUUAUUCUGGUAUGAGAGGGCCUUUUGACAAGUUAGCUUAUGCCCAUUGGGAAGGGUUGAAGUUAAACCAAAAAAUCCCCCCAUUUAUUCCAGAAUAAAUAGGUCCACGUUUGAAGCUACACCAGUAUAAUUAUAUCAGUAUCAGGGCUUCAGAGCAGAGCUGGACCACGGAGCAGCUCUCGAGCAGUGGAGCUGCAGGUUUUUUUCCUGGAGUUAGAGCGGAGCUGGAGCACAGCUCCAAAGCCCUGAUCAGUUUACCGGGUAAAACUUUCCCAUGUAGACAAACCCUAAGCCUCUGAGCAUGUUAAAACAAGUGGAUUAAUCCUCAUAACCACCUAUUAGUAUUUAGGUCCCUCAUCUUAAUUUACAGGGGAAACUGAGGAACAGAGAGGCAACAAGAGGGUAAGGUCAUGCAGAGCUUGGACUAAAAUCCAGGUCUCCUGACUCCCAGGCCCAUGAUUUAAGCUUCAAGACCAGCCUUUCCAUUACUCAGCAUGGGACAAGACAGCAGCUUUGCAGAGCUCAGCAGACCUAAAAAAAAUCAACAAGCAGUGAAUGAAAUAAAAAACCAGGGAGUGUUCUCCAGUGGCUAGAACAGGGAGAUGGGCAGGGUCAGGACUUUAGGUUCUGUUUUGACUGUCAUUGGCUCAUUGCAUGACUUUAAGCAAUCAGAGAUAAUCAGAGACCAUUCAGCGGGCCAGGAGUUGUGACGCUAAAGUCACGUGGGCUGGUUCCUGCAGCUACAGGGUUAGCAGGAUUUGAGAUGAUGUGUGGGGAAGCGAAGGAUCCUGACAGUUGAUGGGUGGGGGGUGUAACACUUCAAUUCUUCUGCUCCUCUCCCCAUUUCUGUCCUGUGCAGGCAUUUGAGGAGAAACAUCUCGCCUCCUUUGACCCAAUUAAGCAGUUUGCCAUGUGGUUUGAAGAGGCCAUGCGGUGCCCCUCAAUCGGCGAAGCCAAUGCUAUGUGCCUGGCCACCUGUACCAGGGAUGGGAGGCCCUCUGCCCGCAUGGUGCUCCUGAAGGGGUUUAGCCAGGAUGGCUUUCGAUUCUUCACUAACCACGAGAGCCGGAAAGGAAAGGAGCUGGACUCCAAUCCUUUUGCCUCAAUCGUCUUUUACUGGGAGCCCCUUAAUCGCCAGGUGCGUAUCGAGGGCUCUGUGGAGAGACUUCCAGAGGAGGAAUCGGAGCACUACUUCCACUCCCGGCCCCGAAGCAGCCAGAUCGGGGCCGUCGUGAGUCACCAGAGCACAGUGAUUCCUGACAGGGAGUAUUUAAGGAAGAAGAACACAGAGCUGGAAGAGCUGUACCGGGAGGGCACCGUGCCAAAGCCUGCGUACUGGGGGGGAUACAUUCUGAAACCAGAUGUUGUGGAGUUCUGGCAGGGCCAAACCAACCGCUUACAUGACCGCAUCGUCUUCCGGCACCUCCGGGACGCCACUGCCCCCACGGGACUCAUGACACACAAGGGAGAGGGGAACUGGGUGUAUGAGAGGCUUGCCCCUUGAAGGCCAAGAGCGAGAUCAUUUCACACAGGGACCUGGGAUAUUUUCAAUACCUUUUUGCCCCUCACCCCCUUACCCAGAAGCGAUGGAGGAUGAGGUAUGGCCCCCUUGCUCCUGCACUUCACAGGGCAACUAUCUUAACUUUUACAAAACCAGGCAAUAUUUGAGGGUGCUCAGAGGUGCCAGAUUGGCAGCCCUGGAGACUGAAGCCCUCCAUCUAUCCCAGUGGGAGCUUCCCCUGCCAAGGUGUGUCUGCCCUGACGUAAAGGGGCAACUCUGGGCCUGGCGUCAGUUCAGUCUCCAUAGCUCAUCUGAUCCUUGGCACCUCUGCUGAGUCUGCCGAUGAAGCAUGUGUCUGUGGGGGCAGUUAGUGCCAACUGUGUCAGGUGGAUGCUGCUUCACAGGGAAUUGGGCUGAGACCUGCCAAACUCAUUUCACAGAGAGGCCAUUGGCUAGUGAUUCUCCAGACCUCUUGUUGAUUAUCUGGGCCGUCUACCAGGGGGGUGGCUGAAAGAAAACCACAGGCAGGCUGGCUCUUCUGGACAGCCUCUCUGUCAGUGCUUCCUGCCUGAGGGCCCUCCAUGUUUUAACCUGCCAGUCCUCAAGCCCCAACGUGACGUGGGGAGCAGACAUGUUGUGUGCUCGUUAACUGUAAUCGGGUGUUUAAUUUUGUCCAUUGCUGCUUUGAGUGCAAUAACGUAACCGAUUCUGGAGACGGAUGGAGCAGUCAUGUUGUUCGUAAUGUCUAUGUGAUCUGUAUAAUCUGUGUAUAAGGAUGUUCUCCUGCCAGACUCCAGCCUGAGGGCUGUGCCUCUGGGCUUGGAGCUGCUUUUAUCAGUGCUGGUGUAUAAAGUCUCCCUAAAUAUAUAAACUCACAAAUAAAGUCCAAGCUGACAAGUGGAGCUGGAAGGGGAUUUGGUUUACUA